AUGUUGGAGUACGAGGAAUAUGUAAGCACGCCAAAAUUUAACAUAUUUCAGUACAAGCUGGUAGAGCAUUAUGAGAAGCUCCCGGAGGUCACUCUCUCCGCCUUCGCUGAGACUGGAAUCGAGGAAUCAAGUAUUCCAGUGCUAAAGCAACGGUCGUACACUGGCAAGAAGCCUGUCAUAUCAUCGAGUCUUGCCGACACUCCCUGCAUCGACAUCGGCGUCGUCGGAUUAUUGGAGAAGCUCAACAAUGUACUGGGCACGUCAUACACUCUAGACCCAAUAAUCUUACAACCUCUUCUUGAUUCCUAUGUUACACAAGGAUACGACUUUGGCACAGUCUUUGGUUUUUUGCGCCCCUUUUGGUACGAUAUCACCACCAUCGAUGAAAAAUUACGUACCCGGGAGGAGAGGGGCCAGAAGUUGCGCGAAGAAGGGAUUGAUGAUUGGAGCUUCUCAAGUGAUGGGUCUGGCACUAGGGCAAAGACACCUCCCCGGCGCAUUUGGGAUCUGUACGCUAAUCGGGUAUUGCCGUACUGGGUGACCUAUGAGAAGUUGGUAGCAAUGUCCCAUGCAUGGAUGGAUGAGGUUGAUCGCGUGGAUGUGUGGACCCCUAUAAACGGACGCGAAUGGCCGGUGCCCAUGCCGAACGAUGCCGACCUUAAUCUGAUCCGCAUCGAAAUGUUGAGCAUGAGAGCGGAGUAUGUAUGGUUGGACGUCCUAUGUUUAAGGCAGGCCGGCGGACGGGGGGAGCAUCUGCGUGCAGAGGAGUGGAAGGUGGAUGUGCCAACGAUCGGAUGGGUGUAUUCUACUUCACCUGUGGGGUGCUAUUUCAACGGGCUUGGUCGGCCGCUGAAGCUCUGA